UGAGGAUUCCCCAGCGUCAGGCUUUUUCUUUUUUUUCCCCCAAAAAAAGGAGAGAAAGGAAAAAAAAAGGAAAGUGUAGUUUGGGAGUUAAUUUUGACUCAAGGUAGAGGUGAAGACAUGGGCUCCGUUUCGAACCAGGAAUUCCCAGGAGUGUGUAAGACCGAGGAGGACGAGGGUCCGAGCACCGAGGAGGACUCUCAGCCUCUCCGAGGCGUCGGUAUGUGCAAGUGGUUCAACGUGCGCAUGGGCUUCGGGUUCCUGUCCAUGACCGACAGAGAGGGCGAGCCACUGGAGGAACCGGUCGAUGUGUUUGUCCACCAGAGCAAACUGCACAUGGAGGGUUUCCGCAGCCUGAAGGAGGGUGAGGCGGUCGAGUUUACUUUCAAGAAAUCGUCAAAGGGCCUGGAGUCUCAGCAGGUCACAGGCCCAGGCGGCAGCCACUGUGUGGGCAGCGAGCGAAGACCCAAAGGCAAGAAGCACCAGAAGAGACGUUCGAAGGGAGACCGGUGCUACAACUGCGGAGGCCUGGACCACCACGCCAAAGAGUGCAAGUUACCACCGCAGCCGAAGAAGUGCCAUUUCUGCCAGAGCAUAGAUCACAUGGUUGCCAAUUGCCCAAUCAAAGCACAACAGUCGUCACCGGGCUCUCAGGGAACUCUGUCCUCCCUGAAAGGAGACGAGGAGGAGCACGGCCACGCUGCACCGCCUCCCGAGACCUCCAAUUAACAGAGGGAAUCUGGGAAGCGGUGACGCCGGGGAAGCACAGAGGCCAAUCAAACUGCUUUGAUGGAAGGAUGGGCCACAUGAUCCCCUUCUGCCUGUUGAAGCUGCUUUUGGAACUACCUCAGGUUCAUACAAAAAAAAAAAAAAAAAAAGCUCACGAAGAAUGUUGCUGAAGUUUAGAAUUAUUACUUUUUGUUUCCACGUGGUGUAACACUCAGGAAUUAUUGCACUCAGGACGCUUUCUAAAUAGAUGAAUCACUGCUGUUUUUUGAGGGCUUUAAGAUUGUAGUGAGUUACGCCAUAUAGUAGAUUAUAAGUUUUCGUAGAACCUGAUUUUUAUUUUUAUUUUUUAUUUUUUGCAUACAGUGCCUCCCAUGUGGGCAUUAUACCUCUUUAUUGCAUAUUAUUCAGUGUGUUUAGUAUGGAGCUAGACUUUUGCUGCCUUACCAUUUAGUCUCCUUCCUGACUGUUACACCUCACUAUCCGACAAGGCAGAGACGUGACAGUUGGUACCUCUGUAAUGAAUGUUAGCUUGCAUAUCGCAUGGGACGUGGGAGGGUUUGUGAAAACACAUGGGAUGGGUUUUAGGGUUAUAGCUAUUGGCGACUGUCAAUAUUGCAAUUGACCAUCCAGUUUUCCUGGGGCCGAAAUGAAUGUCAGACUAGAAGUGGUUUCCAGCUUUUGGUCAGGUUUAUUUCUUUCUUCUUUUUUUCUUUUUAAAUGUCAUUUCAUUCUUUUCACCCAGCAUUGUGCUGGCUGUCUAAAGGUGCACUGUCUACCUCAUUGGUGCAAGUUUGGUCUGCUGUGAAAAAGUGUCAUCCUAGCCACUGAUGGUGAACCAAAUAUUCUCAGAAAACAGUUUUGGAGAUUGAAAACUGGACUGGGAUUAUAUCAAAUCCUUUUUGCACUACAGUAUUGACACAGGACUGCUGUUAUUUGUGAUUAUACCUCCUUAAAGAGUGAUUUAACCCCACCUGAUUAUUAGUGUUCAGGUGUUCUCCAGGGUUCCUGUUACCUCUUUCCUCUGCUAUAAUAAGGUCACCUGGCUGAGUGAUUCAGUUGCUGUGUGAAGCUGUUUUUAAAAAGUAACAGAAACUUUGAGGCACAGGCCACAAGUGUAGGACAAAUGGGUUUUUGAAAGUUUUUCGACUGAUUGAGUAUACUGCGAUCGCAUCGCGCUAGGUCAUGUGAUGGUGUGUAUUACAUCACUGCUCCUCAGAGACCAAGAUUUAAGUUGGAUUUAAAAGAAUAUCAGAGAAGGUCUGGAGAAUUGGAUGAUUUAAAAGUCGUUUUCAGACAUGAAUUUCAGAGAAGGUCUGGAGAAUUGGAUUUGAUUCAGAAGCUGGCCGCAGGAAAUGUCUUCUGUGGACAUUCUUCAGAGAAUAUGGAAACUUCAGUGCACGUCUGAGGCAGCUUAGAGAUGGUUAAGAUUUGUUUCAAGCAUGGUUGUAUUAGCAGAGAUAUUAACACAUUAAUCAGCACUGACUUUGCUGAGAACAUGUAACAUUUCUAUAAAACAGCCUCACAAAAUAGAUUUUAACCCAGCAAAUGAAAUCUGUACAUGCUUAAAUCUCUGAUUUCUUAAAUGUGUUGGGCAAUUUAUCUCGCAAUACAAGUUUGUACACCGCUCACUCGCCACACCAAAAUCCAUAGAGAAAAUCAAUGUAUAUCACUUUAAUGUUUGAAAUUGCUUAUUCAUAUUUACGUCAAUGACACAAACUUACCAAAUAAGACAGCGGGAGACCAGAAGCUCCUGUGUCGCCAUGAGCCAGAAAUGCUGAUUUCCUCUAUGGGCAGUUUGGUGCAGUAGAGUAGUUGGUUUAUAAACGACAGUUUCCAGUCAGAAAUAGUCUAAUUGUGAGAUAAAGAGCCAAAGACAUUGAAGACAAAAGCAGGCAUAGAUUUUAUUUCAUGAGCCUUUUGCUAAGUGGUUAAAAUCUGUUUGACCUUCUGACCCCGCUGGCAGCCAUUUUAUCAGUGAGAGCUAGUGUUGAUGAUGUGUCAAUACCUCAUGUAACCUCACUUUAAAGACCUAUCCUGUGAGUCUCAACCAAUCAAAUGGAAAAAUUCCGUUUGGUGUUAAAUUACUCUUUAACCUGUCUCUGAGCUUGACCCCUCGUCGUCUUUCUGUCGGCGGUAUAUUCUCAUUUGAUCGGCUGCUGUUUUAUAAUGACCUCAACAUGGAUUUGAUAGAAUUCCAGUCAAACGUGACACUACACCCUAAACACGUACAACAUAACCUUUAAUAAGAUACUUGACCUGGACUGAGAUACUGAGAGGUCCAGCUAGCUCACCUCUUGAUACUUGAAUAAAAUGAGGCAGAAUCAGAUAUGAUGUUUGCCAGUGGGAAGGCUGGUGUUUUUGUUUAUAUCCUGUGCGGUCCAUUUCUAGGUAGUUAUUUAAGACAUUACCUCCCUGUGACCCUUAGUAGGGUCAUAGUUCAGGAACACCAAGCCCGCACGGAGGGGCAUGUAGAACUAGCUAGCUAAUCAGCUUUUUACUCCCAUUUUACAGGAGACGCUGAUGAGACUUUUACACCCAAUUAAUAUAUAAUGUAAAGUUAUUCUAAAGCCUUUUUUUAAAAAAGAAAAACAUACUACUUAUUUAUUUUCAUCCAAGAGUGCUGCAGCUUCUCCUGCUCCCGUCGAAGCCUCUCAGCAACUAACGUUUGAUCAGACGUCAGAAAACUGUCAAAUGUCAAUAACAUGACUUGAGAAUAUAUUUGGGUAACACAUUUUUUGAUAUUUGUUUCUUGGUACUUGUAUUACUUUGUACAUGUGCUUGAUUAAUCAUUGUCUUUAAUAAUUCAGAGCAUUAUGAAUACCGUGUAACACAGAUAUUGCAAUACAAGAGUAACAGUAUACUGUACAGCAACAGAGUAUUAUGAGAGCUGAUUUAAACUGUGAGUUUCUUUUAUUCGUUUUUUUUGCAUUUUAUGAUUAUUUUUUUUCUGUUUUGUGCACAAUGAGUCUUUCAAAAGAGAGGCACAUUGUCAUUGCUAUCUAUGCCAAAGCCAAUGCAAUGUUACUCUGCACUAAUCAUGUGUAAGAUGCAUUCAUUUCUUCUUUUUUUUUUACAUAUAUAUAUUCAGUUUAAGGUUUUUUGAAUAUAGGUUUCAUAUUUUAUAUUAUAUUUUUUUAGAUUUUCAUAUGCCACAUACCUUCAGUUGCUGGUUGGAAGAAAAAAAAAAAAGGAAUGUAUCUCCACUCUUAGUCUCGUCUCAGGAAAUGUCGAUCUGAAAACUCAGGGAAUACUUCAGAUUGACUGCAAAGAGUAGAGGAGUGGUUGUUCAGGACAAAGUUGGGUUUUUUUUUGCUUAUCACCGUGAUGUGAAACACAGGACAAGACCGAGGCAGUGAAAAUGGGUUCGGUAGCGUUUGCUUUUCAAUGUCUUAAAAAAAAAUGAGUAUACGACGAUAAAAGAUUGAGAAUUCAAAGCGUUUUUGACUCAACUUUUCAUGCACACGCUGUAUGAUGACGUGAUGAUCUUUUUUUUUUUUUUCUCCUCUCUGACAUAACAUGCCAUGAUAUGAUGUGAAGAAAAUGUUCCACUAUUGUUGUAUUUUUUCCUCUAUAAUCGUUGUAGAUGGGGCUGUAGUAGAAUGUUGUUAAAGGGAUUGGGGCUAGUAGUAUAUAACCUGGGGUUGUCUCAUCUCAACACAUGGCCGAUACUUGGUGUUUCAGACUAUCAAUGCCUUCGACAAAAAGAAUGUGUCAUUAGCACUCAAAUCGUCUGCUUUGAAGUAGUUUAUAGGGAUUUUCCAAGUUUGAAAGUCGCAUCUGGGAAACACUGUUGUGACAAUUCCACUCAGGAUAUGAAAGGACAGAAAGAUUGUUACUGUGUUAAAAUGCCAUGAUUAGAAUACAUAGCUUAAUUGUCUGCAUUUUUGCAUUACACUUCCUUUUCUUUCCAUUGAAAAGAGGGUCAUUCAGAUCACUUUCCAUGAUCUACCUCAUCUGUCAAACUCUUAACGUGAGUCUUGCACCCACUAUUUAAGCAAAGGUUGAAUGAAAGUGUUGUAAUGUUAGCAAUAUUCUGCUGGACUUCCAUGUUUACAAACUCUAAUUUGAAAACUUGAGUCUAUGACAGAUGUUGUGAUGGCACCAACCCUGUUUGACCCCUCAGUGGUGUGUUGUUGUGAUUUUUUUUUGGUUGUUAGAUGAGUUAGAUAUAUCUUGAAAAAACUGUGCUCUCAGGAAAACAGGUACAUCUUGUUUGUGACCAUCAGCCAUUUGAUUUGUGGUACUGUGUCCUAUCAGGUAAAUGAUUAGAGCUAUACUUCCAAAAAAAAAGUAAAAAAAAAAAGUGCAUUUAUUACUGGUGAAUGUUAUCGGCGUUUACUGCCAUGAACCUACAAGUAUCUCCAUCUCAGGCAAUUUGAUGGCUGUAGUUUGUCAAUGAUGAGCAGCAUGUAGGCUUUUCAAAGUAUUACUGUGAUUAUGUUUCUAUGUGUAAAGAUCUGCUCCAUUUCCUAAUAAAUGCCAAUAUUCA